GGGUUUUACGGAGUCUUUGCUGUUCAUCAAGAUUCCUUGACUUUUACUAGUUUGUUUAUUUAUUUAUGUAUUUUUUAAACAAGUUGUUUAUAAUUCCUUCCUUUUCUUUUCUGAUUCUACCGUCUCCCUCUCUUCAUCCGUCGUUGACUCGCUGUUUACCGGUCGGGUUACCUCCGUUCGCACUGGAUGUUAUGUGUGGGAUCCUGAGAUUUAGGAAAGCGUGAGAUUCAAAAGCUUCGUAACACAAUACUAUCUUAUUGGGAGAAACAAGAAUUAAACAAGAAUCAACCUAUAACUCAUAAUGGUUGAGCUCAAUGAAAUAUCUGAAGAAGCUUCAUCUUCUUCAUCAAUUGAAGCUCAUAGAUAUGACAUAUUUUUAAGUUUUAGAGGUGUUGACACUCGUCAUAGUUUCACGAAUCACCUUUAUAAUGCCCUCAUUCAUGCCAAAAUCACUACCUUCUUGGAUGAUGAAGAGAUUGAAACCGGGGAAGAUUUGAAACCAGAAUUGGAGAGUGCAAUUAAAGCAUCUAGGGCUUCUAUUAUCGUGUUGUCCAAGAAUUAUGCUACUUCCACUUGGUGUCUUGAGGAAUUGGUGUUGAUUCUUGAGCAGCGUAGGACAUCUAAACUUAUUGUAAUCCCUAUAUUUUAUCAUGUUGAGCCGACCGAUGUCAGGAAGCAACAAAGUAGCUUUGGAGAUGCAAUGGCUAAGUAUACACGGAUGAUGGAGGCGGAGACAAAUGCAGAUAAAAGAUAUCAAUGGGCUCAAAAGAUGGACCGAUGGAAUAAAGCGCUUACAGAAGUUGCUGAUUUAAAAGGGGUGGAUGCAAAUGGCAGGCUAGAGGUGGAGCUUAUUGAUGAAAUUGUUAAGGACAUCUUCCGUAGAUUACACAUAUCCUCAAGGUUUCCACUGCCUCAGCUUAUUGGGAUGGAUGAUUCCAUUAAGUUUGUUACUUCAUGGUUGAAAGAUGCAUCAUCACAUACGACAGAUAUACUCACUAUUUUGGGAAUGGGUGGAAUUGGGAAGACAUCUUUAGCCAAAUAUGUCUAUGCGUUACAUUCUCAUGAAUUUGACACAAGCAGUUUCAUUGAAGAUAUUAAUAGGAUAUGUGAUGAAAAAUCAAAUGGGAUGAUUGAUGUACAAAAACAACUCUAUGAUGACAUUUCAAAACCGAGUUCAGUUCAAAUUCAUGAUGGCUCUAUAUACACCUCAAUGAUAGAGAAUGCAGUAGCCCGAAAAAAAAUGUUUCUAGUUCUAGAUGAUAUUGGUACUAUCAACCAAUUAGAUGUGUUACUUGGAAGCAAAGGUUUUCAUCUGGGAACCAAAAUCAUAAUAACAACAAAGGACGCAUGGUUGACAAAUAGUUGUGCACUAUUCAAAAAGAAUGUUAAACCCGAACAUACAACGUACAAGCUUAAAGGCCUUUCUGAGAUUGAUUCACAAAAACUUUUGUGUUUUCAUGCAUUUAUGUGCAACGAUCCCAAGGUAGGUUAUGAGGAGGUGUCAAAAAAGCUAGUCAAGUAUUGUGAAGGACAUCCAUUGGCUCUUAAAGUUUUGGGUAGGUCUCUAUAUAAUCGUGAUGUAUCUUACUCGGAGGGGUACAUGGAAAGGCUAAAGAACGAAAAUGGCCCCCCUAUAAGUAAUGUCUUGAGAAUGAGUUUUGACUCUUUGCCAUUCAAAAAUGAUAAAGACUUGUUUAAGCAUAUUGCUUGUUUUUUCGUUGGAAUGGAUAGAGAGGCUACUGAAACAAUAUUAGAAGCAUGUGAUAUAGAAACAAAAACUGGGAUCACAAAUCUCAUCGACAAAUGCCUUCUUAGUAUUAGAUGGAAUAAUGAAUUGAUGAUGCAUCAGUUGGUUCAAGAGAUGGGAAAAUUUGUGGUUUGUGAAGAAUCACCUUACAAGCCAUGGGAACGAAGUCGAUUAUGGGGUUAUGACUCAUUUAGAGUGUUGAAACAGAAAAAGGGUACAGAAAAUGUUCUUGGCCUCACCCUUGACAUGAGCAUGCUUGAGAAAGAGAAGUUACAAGGGUCACUUGAGUUGAAAACAGAUGCAUUGAGUAAGAUGGAUAUGCUAAUGCUGCUACAACUCAACUAUCUGCAAAUCACCGGAUCUUACAAGAAUUUUCCAGAAGAAUUGAGAUGGUUGUGUAUGCAUGGGUUCCCUUUGAAGUCUUUACCUUCAGACUUACCAAUGGAGAAUCUGGUUGCUCUUGACAUGUCAUAUAGCAAUAUUGAAUCAUUUGGGAUUUUUUAUAGUUAUCCACAACGAAUUCAUACUAGGCUAAAGCAAUUGAUUGGAUCGUCCUCAGAAGAUAAAAGGUUGCUUGGAUCAUUGAAGAUUCUUAAUUUAAGUUUUUGUGAACAACUUCAUAGUCUUCGUGGAUUUGACCAUCUCCCAAAACUUGAGAGGUUAAUACUGAAAGGUUGUAUUGGUCUGCUUGAGGUUUGUGAAUCAAGUGAGCAAUGCGUUGAACUUAUCCUCAUUGAUCUGAGCUAUUGCAACAAGCUUGAAAAACUUCCAAGAAGCUUAGGCAUGUUAAAAAAAGUUAAAACACUAUUGCUAAACGGUUGCCAUCUUGGUGAAUCUCGAAUCAAGAUUAGGGAUACGAGUCCAUUGGAUAUGCUUAUGGCUUUCAACAUCGGCAUAAACACAAUAACCUAUCCUUCCACCAGUUUGGCGGCUAUACCAAGUUAUUCAAAGUUAUUUGCGAUUUCUUUACCGAGAUCUUUAGUACGCCUGUCACUUGCAAAUAAUAAUUUAUCCACCGAAUCUUUUCCCAUGGACUUCAGUUGUCUAUCCAUGUUAAAGGAAUUAUAUUUAAAUGGUAAUCCUAUGGUUUCCCUACCCAAUUGUGUGAGAAGUCUUCCUAGCCUCGAGACACUUAAUAUGAGAGACUGUAAUAUGUUGACAUCGGUCGAGCAUCCUCCACAAUCACUCACAUAUUUGGACCUCCAUUCUUAUCCUAAUAAGUAUUUGCUACGGAAAAUUGUAUUUGAUCCAAAAAUGUCACCACUUGAGUUCAUAAUAGACUGGAAGAUUUUAGCACCUUCAUCGUUUGAAAUUGAAGGCAUAGUGAAGAUCCAAUCAUUGGAAGGUGUUGAGGAAAAGUUAUUACAUAGUUUGGGGUGGACUAAGCUAGACUUCCUUAACGUCGAAAGGCGCUUGUCGGCUGAUGUUUCGGUUUCGGGUAUAGGAUCAGAAGAAUCUGAAAUCCAGAUGUAUUAUGAAUUUGGAAUAUUCAGCACAAUUUAUGGAGGUGGAGAGAUGCCAAAUUGGAUUAUGGAUAGAAGCAAGGGGCCAUCAAUAUCAUUUAGUGUCCCAUCGUUACCAAACAAGUUCAAGCUCAGAGGGUUGAAUUUCUGCUGUGUGCUAACAUAUCUAUCUGAUGAGUUCUUUUAUUUGCCAGCGAUCACAAUUAAUAAUAUAACAAAGAACCGCAUCUGGGUAUACGAACAUUACAUUCGUAGAGUUGAUGUCAUUGGAAAGAGUUUCACUUUGUUAAGUCAUUGGAUGUUUGGGAUGAAUGAGAUGGAAUGUGGUGACCACGUUUUUAUUACCAUGAAUAAAGACACAUUUAUUUGCCAUCAUGUUACAAUGGAGUGUGGGGUGAAUUUGAUGUAUGAUGACAGAGAAACAUAUGAAGAAGAAGAAGAAGACGACGUGUUGGGUUAUUACAAGUCAUGGAAUCAUAUCAUUGGUGGAGAUCUCAGCGGAUUUCAGGUAACAACAGGGGAAUACAUCCUAAGAAAAUGGCGAAUGGUGGGUGAGUUUGAUUCAUAUAUGCCAUCAUGUGAACGUUUUGGUAGAGAAGCCGUUUGCUUUAAAGAUAAGCGAGUGAAGUUCAAAGCUUUGUCCCAAAGCAAGUUUGGAGUAGCGGAGGAUGGCGCCUAAGUUUAUAAACAGUAUUCAAACCUCUACGGAUUGAGGGUAACGGAAGUGGGCUCUGGUGGAUAGCGGGCAGUACCGCCGAGGAGAUGGAUCCAAGCACAGAGAGUACCGCUAGAAGAAGGUUAAUGCGGGUUGUGGAACUCGCUCCACGGUUACAUUUUCAAUAUUUUUUUUUCUUUAUACCAUUAUAAAUACUCUCUUCAUACAAUUUCAAAGCCACACAUCUUCUUCUUUUCAAUUCCAUUCCAUUUUACUUUUUGAAUUUCUUUCUCAUUUCAAUUCAUUUUUUUUUUAAAACUGUGUUAUUCCUAGACCAAUUGUAUGCGUAGAAUAGUCAGAAAUCAAAAAGUGACGUUGGCCAGAGCAUA